AUGAACUAUGUCAACCGGAAAGGAGAACACGUUCAUGCUGGUUAUAUGUAUGCCGUUAUGUUGGAGUUCAUAAGGCGUCACAAUGGCACAUUGAAGAUCUUGACUCAAACAGAUAAAUUGGGUAUUGUUCACGUCGCUGAGGUCAUGAUUGCAGCAAAACAAAUUGAUUUCGCCUGCUAUCCCAAGGAGCCCAAGUGGAAUUUGUCGGGCACGGCGCCGUUGUUUCUUCUGAAAGACUAUAUUGCAGUGCCACAUGCUCAACCCAUUGCCAGCUAUUGGUACUUUGCUCAGCCCUUCACCUGGACAACUUGGCUGGCUGUGAUAGCCUCGGUUAUAUACGGCAUGUUAAUGCUCUUCGGAUCGCACAGAUCGGAGUUUGGACUACACUUCCUCAGCAGUUGGUGUCAUCUAUUGUAUCUACCUCAUCCACGAAGUACGAUCAGAAAUUGGCAGCAGUGUGUGAUACAAAUCAUUCUGAUUCUCAGUGGAUUUAUAUUAACCAACACGUAUCUGACGAUGUUGUCGAGCAUGCUAACAUCUGGAUUAUUUGAGCCCCAGGUUAACACUUUGCAAGAGUUGCUGCAUACUCCUUAUCGCUUGAUAACAUCCGCCUACUAUGUACAAUACUUUAAAAAUGCAUCUUCGGUUCCAGAUGAACUAGUAGACAAUGCUUAUAUUGCUUCUACAGAAGAGAUUGACAGAGUUCGAGCUGGGCUGAAUACUAGCUUCCUGUACAUUGCUUAUGGGGACCGCAUGGAUUUUGCCUCAUCUUUGCCAUAUCUAAACAUGUUGAAUACCUAUUUGCAACGCAUCUAUGACAGUGGAAUUUUUAUGAAGAUGAUGCGUGAUUCCUCGAGAGAUACAAUUGAUAGUGGAAUACACAAGUUAUUUAGAGAUGAUGGAUUCGAGAGUACAAAUUACGACAUAUCAACGAGUUUAUUAACAGAUGGCGAUUACUAG